GUCGAAAACCUAUAUAUCCUGAGCUAGAAAAUGAAUUAGUUGAAUAUAUUAAAAAAAAGAGAGAAGAAAAAAUUGCAGUUACAACUUCGAUGAUCAAAAAAAAAGCAAAGGAGUUAGGUGAAACUUUAGUUAUCAAAAACUUCCUUAAAAUUUCACAAGAAAAAACAAGCGUUAUUGAAAACCAAUUUAUUAUCUCUUUCGACGAAACACCUAUGUGGUUUGACAUGCCUUGUAAUUCAACAUAUGAUUUUAAAGGUGUACGCGAGGUUCCAAUAAAGACUACUGGUAGUGAUAAAUUACGAUUCACUGUAGUUUUGGGCUAUACGGCUUCUGGAGUAAAACUUCCACCUAUGACCAAAUGUUUUUUUAAAUGUAAAGGCAUUAUAUUUGUCGAUGGUCAUCGAAGUCAUAUUCGUGAUGAUGUAAAAAGAGCAUUUAUGGUAGAAGGGCUUGAUCUUUUAGAAAUACCCGGAGGAACCACUAGCGUUUUGCAAUCACCAGACGUUUCGAUUAAUAAGCUAUUUAAAAAUAGAAUGAGACAAAGAUGGGAAGAGUGGAUUGAUAAAGAAAAAGUAGUACUUACUAAAAAUGGAAACCGUAAGAAAGCUUCAUAUGAACUUGUUAGCGAAUGGGUGUCUAAAACCUGGAAGGAAAUUAGUUCCAAUAUGUUAGUCAGAUCGUUCGAAACAACUGGGCUUACGCUUAACCCAGAUGGUAGUGAGGAUCAUAAAAUGUCAGAUUGUCUUCGAGCAAUUGUUGAAGAUCGUCUAAGAAAAUCCAAAGUUUCCAAAGAUCUAGAAGAAUUAAAAGAAUUUAAGAAAUAUAAAGAUUUAGAACUUGGUAACAAAAAUGGGUACAAGGUCGAUUAUGAUUGA